UCACACUAGUGCAUGAUCACGACGAUCAUCUAUCUGAUUUCGGUUUGCUCGAUGUACUGGCAGACAGCAAGAGCAGCUGGUCACGACUGAAUUAUCUAACCAGUCUGUCAAAUAGAUCAAACAUUAUAAUCCGGAUGAGAUCGCGAUCGGUUCCGAUGUGCAGCAGAGUGUAAAGAAAGUUACAAACCUUGUCUGAUUGUGCGGGACUGCGGCAGUAACAGUAGCGAUCGUUCGAGUGUGCAGCUUCCCACUGGAAGUCCUCUAAUCGGCAGGGCACCACCAGAAUGUCUUCGCAAACGCCAACUAGCAAAUUUACCAACGUUGUUGGCUGGACUAACCGACGCAGCCCGAUUCUUCAUCUUACCACAACGCAGGAUGUAAUCAAUCAGGGAAAGUGUCUCUGUGGCGAAUAUAUCCGCGCUCGUCUGAAGCGAGCUGGUCUGCUGAACCGCAAAAUAUUGCAACGCCUGCGAAGCAUAAUAGAAGUUCCUAACUGUGUGGUAGUCCGGGAAACUAUUCCCGUCCUCAACGGGAUGGGUGAGGAAUUGGAAAGGAUGCAUCCGCGAUUGUACAGCAACGUAACUAGACAAAUUUCACUCGAGCCGUGGGGCGAACUGACCGAGCCUGAUUCAGUUUGCUACCUGUUGCAUGUUGUGGCAAAGGAUCUCUUCAAGUCGGAAAUCACCUGGGGAAAGGUAAUCUCCCUGUUCGCCAUCGCCGGUGGAUUGGCAGUCGAUUGUGUACGCCAGGAACAUUACGAUUACUUGCAGCAGUUGAUCGAUGGCACAACCGAUGUAAUCGAGGAAGACCUCAGUGCGUGGCUAGUCGAGAAAGGUGGUUGGUUAGGCCUGCAGGAUCACGUUCAUCCUCCGGAAACCGAAAUAACAUUCCUCGGUUGGAUGACGAUAACCAUCUCGACGCUCAUCGUGAUCUACUUAAUAUCGGUUUUACUUAAACACCUUGGUUCAAACUAUUUGUCGAAAUAUUAAUGUAGCAACGAAUGUGUCCAUUUUUUUAAUGCUUUAGUAUGUGUUUGUAAUAGCAAGUAUGAUUGUGAUUUGUAAUAUUACCAGCUUAUCAAUAAUUACCGCAACGCAAGCAGCAGCACAUAUCAGCAUCGUACUCGAUGUUUAUACAAUAAUAAUCAUAGCGCAGUUUAACUGUUAGAAAAUUCACCGAAAAGGGAUAUGGCAAUAAAUAAUGUACGGAUAGUUUUUCGUUUGUUGGCUAGUUGGUACGAUGAUGUUGAUGUUGAAUUUUUAGGGUGCUCUGUAGGCAAUUUUACUACUGUUGAGUUCGCGUCUGCGUCUUAAAUUUAAAUUACUCAUAUAAAACGUUCCAUCUUCACAAAAACCAUAAGUGAUACUAAUGCUCAAUUUGUCGAAUAGCUAACCACAACAUUCUCACUUGUUUCUUGAUAUUUGAUAUGGUCGUGAAUAAAGAAUCUAAUAUAACGAAGCGCAACGGAUAA